AGCCAAGUAACAUGGGAAAGUUAGGAAUUUCUGGGGAAUUUUCUAUUCCUUGUGAACUUUCAAAAAUUUCUCGGAACUAUUGGGAUUAGUAAAAAUAAUGUUUUGGUGAAAGGGUUAUGAUACAAUAGCCUGUUAAGUUUGAUCUAAAUAUUCCUCUGUUGUGGCACAUCAAAACAAUAAUAGAAUCUUUGUUUUGUACCUGUACCUUAGGUCUAUCAAACUUCGUUCUAAGAGUUUCAGGCUGUGCAUAGAGUCUGUGCUGGUGUGCUAGAAGCUCUCAGUAAAAAUGGAUCUCUUGCCAAUUGAUACAGGGUUUAUGCACAGUGUUUCUUGACCAAGUACUUGUCUGUGAAACAAAAAUUGGUUUGAGUUAAAGGGCUUCAAACUGUACAACUUUUCAUAUAACUCGGACCACACUCUGCGUUAUGAAACCAAAACUUGUAGACAAGCAGGCAGAUAUAAUGAUUACUCACCAAAUAGUUCACCAAGUUAAAGUAAAAAGGGCAAAAGCAGAUAAUCAGAAAACAAAAAAAUGCAAAGGAACGGACAAAAAUAAAGAUUCUGAAUAAUUUAGCAGACAGUGCCAGUUUAAAAACAGAUGACUCUAUUGUUAUAGUGACAAUGGAGUACGCCUGAAGCAGGAAUCUUUAGGCUUAAUAAAAAAGGAUGUGAAUAGACAAGAGUUCUGUACUGAAAGCUCAGAAUUGGAAUAUGUGAAUGAUACCUCUGCCAUAAACAAUGAUGUCAAACAUGAGUUUAUAGGACAUAAGUGGACCCAAAUUAAAAUGCAGUAGCAAAGGAAUGCAAAACUAUCAAAGGUACAAAGAAGAAUUUAGUAACACCAACGAUAGAAGUCAGUAUUGAACCGAUUAAAAAACCAUUAAAAAAAGCUAAAUACGAUCGUACCAAACCGCAAGGUUAUAGCUCGGUCACUCCCAUGUAUAUCCGGACGCCAGAGAAACUUUUCCUUUGCAACAUAUGCUCGUACAAAACUGCGGAUAAGUCUAACGUAGUGAGGCACAUGAGAACUCACACCGGUGAAAAACCUCACGCCUGUGAGUUUUGCGACCUAAAGUUUUCGCAAAAGAGUAACCUAAUACAACACACAAACACCCACACCGGAAAAAAGCCUUACUGCUGUGAGCAAUGCGAUUAUAAAUGUACAGUGAAACAUAAUCUAAUAUGCCACAUGAGGAUUCACACUGGAGAGAAACCGUAUUCUUGUGAGAACUGCGACUUCAAAUGUGCACAAAUUAGCACUCUCAAAUACCACAUGCUGAGUCACAGGAGUGAGAAACCAUAUUCGUGUAAAAGUUGCGACUACAAAUGCUUGCAAAUCAGCGAUUUAAGAAAGCACACGAGACGUCACACAGGUGAGAAGCCGUAUUUUUGCGAGCAAUGCGAUUAUACGUGCUCACGGAAAUACAGUUUGAAUAGGCACAUGAGAAUUCACACCGGCGAAAAGCCUUAUUCUUGCGAGCUCUGCGACUUCAGAUGCUCGAACUCCACCAGCCUUAAAACCCAUAUGAUGACGCACACGGGUGUUAAUCCAUUCUCAUGUCAAUAUUGCGACUAUAAAUGCAAGAAAACCAGUGAUCUCAUAAUACACGUACGGACACACACCGGCGAAAAACCUUACUCGUGUGAGUACUGUGGCUAUAAAUCCGCGAGAGGUAAUUUAAAAAUCCACAUGAGAACUCACACUCGUAAGAAGUCGAAUUUACGCAAGCUAGUCUCUAAAACCCCACAUGAGAACUCACACUCGUAAGAAGUCGAAUUUACGCAAGUUAGUCUCUAAAACCCCACAUGAGAACUCACACUCGUAAGAAGUCUAAUUUACGCAAGCUAGUCUCUAAAACCCCACAUGAGAACUCACACUCGUAAGAAGUCGAAUUUACGCAAGUUAGUCUCUAAAACCCCACAUGAGAACUCACACUCGUAAGAAGUCGAAUUUACGCAAGCUAGUCUCUAAAACCCCACAUGAGAACUAACACUAGUUAAAAUCAAUAAAUACCGCAAGGUAAAAGUAGACUAAGUAUAGUCUGUGAUCUAUGCCCAACGGUUAGUAGUUUAAUCUGUAUUAGUAUGUUGUUAUUUUUGAUUUUCUUUCUGCAUCGUAUUAAUUUUG